UUAAUAACAAAAACUUGUUAAUAAACUCAGGCUCGGUAUGAAGCAGGAACAGAAGGAUCUCUUUUGUCGAGCAACAGUCUCUGAUUGAACGGCGGACAUGUAAGACCACAUGUCACAGCCAAACGCGACAUUUAUUCGCUUUUAAAAUCAUACAAAAUAAUUUGUAUCUCCUUCUAACAAUCCCCUCACCGCUUUCACACAUUCCCCUUCAUAGCCUUCUGCAUUUCUUCAGUUCGCGAAUCGGUCUUCGAUCUUUCCAUCCACGUGUCAAAAUUUUGACACAUUCCAAAUUCCAGCACAUAUGAGCCCAACACACGACAAUACAUUUCAGCCAUUGUUAAUCACUCUCAGCAACUGAUCGCAAGCGGGACUUUAUUGCAAUCACGACUUCAUCCCAGAUCGAAAAAUUGUCAAGUCGCAAAUUGUAAAAGUCAAUCUGCACCAAGAUACGAAUUGCUAACCUCCCGCGCGAUUACUAAAUUCUCAGGAAAUAAUUAUUCUCUAUAUUCAAUCUAUUGAAGAAAAAUUGUUGAAUUUAAUAAAAAUAUUUUAAUGUUGCAAUUUACGCGUUAAUAUCUUUGCGAGGCCAUCAAACGUCUCAAUUAUUUUGAUAUGGAUGUAGAACCAAGUACGAGCAGCAAAAAAGAUGAAAAAUGUAAUGGAAAUAAUCAACGUUUAAUAGCCGAAAGCGGGGGCCGUUGCAUGAGUACGCAAGCGAUGCAAUCGCUCUAUGAUUUCCGACAAAAUAAUUUGCUUUGUGAUGCAGUAUUGAGAUUAGAGGACGGUGGUGUUUUUCCGAUUCAUCGAGCUAUACUUUCGGCAUGCAGUAUUUAUUUCAGGACAUUAUUCACAACUACAUUGCAUUCGCGUGAGAAAACCGAUGUCCUUUUACCAGGUGUGACAAGCCCGAUGAUGAAUCUCUUGCUGGAAUACGCAUAUUUGCGAUCUAUUGAUGUAAAUCGUGAAAAUGUAUGCGAAUUGUUAACGACGGCAGAUUAUUUAAGCAUUCUGGGUGUACUUGAUUUGUGCUGUGAUUAUCUAAGAGAUAAUUUGGCGCCGGAAAAUUGUAUCGGAGUAAUGAGAUUUGCUCGUCAACAUUUUUGCAAAAAGUUGGAAAAUGAUGCUUAUCGUUUUAUUGUAGGACAUUUUGUCGAGGUAUCUCAGAGAAGCGAAGAAAUUUUACAUUUACCUAUCGAGGAAUUGAAGCCAUUAGUAGGUGCCGAUGAAUUAAACGUGAAAAGCGAGCAAACAGUUUGGGAAUUAAUACUAAGAUGGAUAAAUCACGAUGUAGAAUCUAGAAAAGAUUACAUAGUGGAUCUAAUGAAGAAUAUUAGACUCGGUCUCUUAGACACGCAGUUUUUUCUGGAGAAUGUCAAGGAUCAUCCUUAUGUCGUGGGUAAUGACGCGUGUAGACCCAUCAUCAUCGAAACUCUGAAAUUUCUAUAUGAUUUGGAGAUGAUCACCCAGAAAGACGGAGAAGUGCCGACACCGGAAAUCGCGCGACCUAGAGUUCCGCAUGAAAUUCUGUUCGCCAUCGGUGGAUGGAGCGGCGGCUCGCCGACAAAUUAUAUCGAGACUUAUGAUACGAGAGCAGAUCGGUGGAUUCCGAUUGAAGAAACAGAUCCCACCAGUCCCCGAGCUUAUCAUGGACUCGCAGUAAUCGGAUUCAAUAUCUACGUCAUCGGAGGGUUUGAUGGAGUCGAUUAUUUCAACAGUUGUCGUUGUUUCAACGCGGUGACCAAGGUGUGGCGAGAAGUUGCUCCCAUGAAUGCUAGAAGAUGUUACGUUAGUGUGGCAGUUUUGAAUGAUUUAAUCUAUGCAAUGGGAGGAUACGAUGGAUAUCAUCGACAAAAAACAGCGGAGCGAUAUGACUACAAGACAAAUCAGUGGUCUCUCAUUGCACCUAUGAACGUGCAGAGAUCUGAUGCCAGCGCAACUACUUUGAAUGACAAAAUAUAUAUUACGGGCGGUUUCGACGGGCACGAUUGUCUCAAUACAGCUGAAGUAUAUGAUCCAAACACCAACCAAUGGACAAUGAUAACUGCAAUGAGGUCACGUAGGAGUGGCGUGUCAUGCAUAUCUUAUCAUGGCUACGUUUAUGUUAUCGGAGGCUUUAAUGGAAUAUCGAGAAUGUGCAGCGGGGAAAAAUAUAAACCUUCUACGAACACAUGGAGCCAUAUUCCGGAUAUGUAUAAUCCGCGUAGCAAUUUCGCCAUUGAAGUCAUUGACGAUAUGAUUUUUGCUAUCGGUGGAUUUAAUGGUGUUACUACGACGUACCAGGUGGAAUGUUACGAUGAAAAAACAAACGAAUGGUAUGAGGCAACAGAUAUGAAUAUAUGCAGAUCAGCAUUAUCAGCCUGUGUGAUUAUGGGUCUUCCAAACAUAUAUGAUUAUAUACACAAGCAUCGUGAGCGAUUGAUGGAGGAGAAACGUCAAAAGUUACUGGCUCACGAAGUACGCCGAAAUCAGCAUCAACAACAGCAAGAGCAGGAGCAAAUGAGACAAACUUUGCAGAUUAGUCAAGCCAUACCAACACCACCACCUCUACCACGAACAAGCGAGAACGAUAAUAAUAAUAAUCGUUGGCAUUAAAGUCAAUAAUUAUUAUCAUUUAAAUUGGAGGAGUCAUGCAACAUCUGUCUCAUUUAAUUCAUUCGCAAUGCAAAUUUUGGAUUAUUGCCAGUCGCGCAACACGAGACGAUCACAAGAAUAAAUUAGAGAAUCGAUAUCAUCUGAUCAAAUUGUCAAUGAUAAUAGCGCAGGGACAGCUGUUUAUAUAUACUCGUCAAUUAUUCUUGUUUACUUCGCGAAAAGAAUUUUCAGACUAUCAUUUACUCAUCUUUGUUAAGUUAAAUUUUUUUUUGAUACUGCAGAUAUUUUCUAUCGAAUCUUUUUGCGAUAUAAUUUUACAUAUACUAUACAAUGUCAUCUUAAAUAAUUGAUUUUUAGAGGACAAAUAGCCAUUUUAUAUCGAAAAUAAUGACAUUCUAUUGUUACGCAUAAUAAUGUUAAUAAGAAGUUUAACAGCUGCAACUAUACAUUGAAAAAAAUCGGAAACAUUGAAGAAGAGCAAAUGAUAAAACAGCGUAAUAAAUGCAGAAACACAAAGAAAUAAAGCAACAUAAUCUGAUGGAAAAUUAUGAAAUAAUUUUGUGAUAGAAAACAUGACAAAUUGCCCGUUUAAAAAAGCGUUCAACAAAAUAAUCCCUUAAGUUCGAUUACAUGUGUCAGUAAUAUUUUUUCUAUAUGAACAAAAAAUAAAAUUGCAGUAACUCAUACAAAAUUGUUCUCAUAAUAUUUGAUCUUUCAUACAAAUAAAGUCUGUUGCACAACUUA